AUGACUGUAAGCAAACCACCCCAUACACCCAUAAGGGAUGAAAAAAAGGAUGCUGUUGAAUUUGAAGAGCAUCAACAUAUUGAACAUGAGGAUGAAAUAUCGCCCGAACUAGAAAUACUACUACACACCAAUACCAGCCAAGGUCUUUCCUCUGCCGAAGUCGAAGAACGACAGAACAAGUUUGGUCUCAAUGAAUUACCAGAAAAGAAGACAAAUCCCUUUCUAAAGUUCUUUAGUUACUUUACGGGGCCCAUCUCUUAUUUGAUUGAAAUAUCAUGUAUUAUUGCUGCUGUGGUAGGUGACUGGAUCGAUUUUGGUAUCAUCUUGGCUUUACUCAUCAUCAAUGCGGUGAUCGGCUAUAUCGAGGAAGCGAAGGCUGAGUCGGCUUUGGAUGCAUUGCGUCAAACACUGGCUCUAAAAACAAGAGCUUACCGCAAUAACGAAUUAGUGGAAGUAGAUGUAAAAGAGCUCGUGCCUGGUGAUAUCAUCGUGCUUCGUAUUGGUGAUAUUGUUCCGGCCGAUGCUCGUCUUUUAGGUUUGGGCGUGAAUGGUGAGGAAAAUGACACUGAAUUGAUGAUCGAUCAGUCUGGUUUGACGGGUGAAUCUCUCUUGGUGGCCAAGAAGAAGAAUAGUACUGUCUAUUCAUCCAGUAUCAUCAAACAAGGUCAACAACUUGCUAUUGUCACCAAAACCGGUGCGCAUACUUUUAUUGGUCGUGCCGCUAACCUGAUUGCUAUCACCGCGGAAGAGGGUCAUUUCCAAAAAAUCAUUGGCAAAAUCGGCAACGUUUUGAUCUGGUCUACUGUUGUCUUAGUCAUCAUUGUCUUUAUCUAUCAGAUGGUCCGUUUCCGUGGUACACCUCAAGGCAACUGGAAAUUGGUUCUGGAAAACUGCUUGGUCUUGACCGUCGCUGCUAUUCCCGUGGGUCUUCCAACUGUCAUGUCGGUGACCAUGGCGGUCGGUGCUAAACAAUUGGCUGCGAAACAAGUCAUCGUCAAGCGUCUAACGGCUGUUGAAGAACUCGCCUCCGUUUCUGUUCUUUGCUCUGAUAAAACCGGUACACUUACUUUGAACGAGCUGACGUUUGAUAAGCCUUGGCUUACCAACAACUACACCGAAGAAGAUAUUCUACUGUAUUCCUAUUUGGCUGCUGAAACGGGCGCAAAUGACCCCAUUGAAUCUGCUGUUCGUCGUGCUGCUGAAAGCCAGCUUGACAUUUUGAAGAACCGGGAGAAUGCAAGAGAAAUUCCUGGUUAUAAAGUAACUAAGUUUGCUCCUUUCAAUCCAGUGACCAAAAUGACGCAAGCCACGAUCUUGGACUUGGCUACAAAUCAAACUUUCUGCGUGGCGAAAGGGGCUCCUCAGGUCAUCACUCAGUUAGUCGGUGGCGAUGAUGAUGCUGUUCGUGCUGUGAAUUCGCUGGCCCGUCGUGGUUUACGUGCUCUUGGUGUGGCCAAGACGUUGCCUGGCACAGAAGACAAAUUCGAAAUGGUGGGUAUGAUCUCUCUUUUGGAUCCUCCUCGUCCUGAUUCCUUAACCACAAUUGCUGAAUGCAAUGCGCUUGGCGUGGACGUCAAGAUGAUUACCGGUGACCAAUUGAUCAUUGCCAAGGAAGUAGCGGCUCGUCUCGGUAUGGGCCGUGUUAUCUUGGAUGCCAAUCAUCUGGUGGAUCCCAACAAAUCGGAAGAAGAAGUAACUGAACAUUGUGUACGCGCUGAUGGUUUUGCUCAAGUCAUUCCUGAGCACAAGUAUCGUGUAGUUGAAUUGCUUCAAAAUAAGGGCCUUUUGGUGGGUAUGACAGGUGAUGGUGUGAAUGAUGCUCCUGCUUUGAAGAAAGCGGACGUUGGUAUCGCUGUUGAAGGAUGUACAGAUGCUGCUCGAUCUGCUGCCGAUAUUGUUUUGCUGGCGCCUGGUCUUUCCACUAUUACUGAUGGUAUCAUUACUUCUCGCGCCAUUUUCCAACGUCUCCGAUCUUAUGCUCUUUACCGUAUCACAUCAACUAUUCACUUUCUGCUGUUCAUGUUUAUUGUUACAUUGGUGGAAGAUUGGACUAUGCCUGCCGUUUUAUUGAUCAUGAUUUGUGUUUUGAACGAUGCUGCAACUUUGGUUAUUUCCAUUGAUAACACUGAAAUUUCCGAAAGACCUGAUAAAUGGCGUAUUGGUCAAUUGCUUACAUUAUCUUUUGUCCUCGCCGCAUUACUUGCUGCGUUAUCGUUUGCUCACUUCUACGUUGCCCGUGAUAUCUUCCAUGUCACUGAUAAUGAAUUGCAUUCCAUCAUGUAUUUGCACAUUUCGUCAGCUCCUCACUUUGUCAUUUUCUCAACUCGCGUUCCCGGCUACUGGUGGAAAAAUGUUCCCAACUGGUUAUUCACCGUUUGCAUUAUUGGUACACAAAUUAUUGCCUUAUUCUUCUCAGUCUAUGGUGUUUUCGGUGAACAUGAAGGCGUUGCACCCUGUGGCUAUGCCUGGGGCUUUGCUGUCCUCGGUAUCUCUCUCGUCUACUUUAUGAUUCUUGACGUCGUCAAGGUGCAUAUCUUCCGUCGUUGGAGCUUUGAAAUGACUGCCAAGUUGGUUCCCACCAAGACUCGCAAGACCAAAUUAGCUGUACGUAAAGAGCUCAAAGCGAAAGGAAUGGAAGUUGAAGAAUGCUGGAAGAAGAUUUCUUUACCUGUCGAUGCUCAUCAAAUUAUUACUGCAUUUAGACAUAAUGCCAACCAAUACUCACAGUAA